CACGUAGUUUUGGGUUUGAGUUGCGGUUCAAGUGUUUGUGAAAUUGCCUGUUAGAGAAAAGGUAGAUAUAUUUGGACAUGAAUCCAAUUCCGAAGCCAUAUCGAACAUGGAUUACGGGUGCUGCAGUUGUAUUAGGUGGAAUUGCAACACUGAACGUGGCUUCUACACUUACACUCAAAGCACUUCAGGUUGUGGCUGAGAAUAAACGGAAAAAGAUAGCGUUGCCGUGUAUGGCUUGUAGAGGGAAGGGGUUUUAUAUAUGCAAAUUGUGUAAUGGGAAUUCAACCAUUGCUUGGUCUCCUAUGUAUGAUCCUAUUGCAAUUAACCCCUGCGUUUGUCCGACUUGCGAUGGAAACAGGGUACAACGUUGUCUGAAUUGUUUGGGAAAAGGCUAUGACUAAAUUGUAGUUGAUAAUUUUAGACUAUGACUCAAUUGUAAGAACCAUGCUUCAAUUUGUAAAUCGGGCUCAUGUGAAUGAAGCCUUGAUGCUUAUGUGUAUGUGCCUCAAAUUUUGCUGAUAAUUAAAAAACUGAGUUUCUUCAA